AUGUCAUCUCAGACCAACAUCACUGUUGAACAGCAGCUCCAGGGAAUACUGGAAGUUGUGUUGUUUUCUGUUCCGAUUCUAGUGCCAUGCUGUGUGUUUCUCUGCAUUAAUGUGAUCAUGUUAAUGACCUUGAGGAGUAAAUCAGUGUUACGUGAAACCUCUCGAUACGUUCUUCUGUUUAACCUCCUUUUUGGAGACACUGUACAAAUGUCACUGAGCCAGUUAUUCUACCUACUAGCUUCUUGUAGAAUACGACUGACAUAUCCUGUGUGUGGUCUUCUUGCCAUGCUUAUAGAACUCACAAAUGAAAUUUCUCCUCUCACACUGGUGGUGAUGUCUCUGGAGAGAUAUGUAGCUGUCUGCUACCCACUAAGGCACUCUACUUUCAUUACCAUCAGAAGCACAGCAGUGGCUGUCAUUGUGGUUUGGGCCUUCAGUUCACUAAAUGUCCUUGCAAGGGUUAUUCUUCUGUUAGACUUUCCAUUUAGAGACCUGAAAAGUCUCCAGAUGAAAGAUAUCUGUGCUAAAGAAAACAUGCUGCUUGGCCGGUACUCCGAUGAUUAUGACAAAGCCUACAAUUAUUUUCUGUUUGUGUCAGCUGGUGUGGCAGUCAGCUGCUCCUAUAUUGGUGUGAUGAUAGCAGCCAGGUCGGCCUGCACAGACAAAGAUUCAUUUCGUAAAGCUCGUAACACUCUGCUGCUGCAUCUGGUGCAGCUGGGCCUCAGUCUCUCUUCAACUCUACACAACCCCCUGAUCGAAGCUAUAGCCAAAGUCACCGACAGAAUAGGACUUGUGCGGAUCCGGAGUGUUAUUUAUGUGUGUAUUAUUCUUCUACCCAGAUGUCUGAGUGCUUUUAUCUAUGGCAUCAGAGACAAGACCAUCAGAUCAAUCCUCAUAUACUAUCUAUGCUGUCGUAUUAAACUCUCAGUCAUCACGGCCAAGGCUAAAGUCUCACCCUAG